AUGCCCGACGCUUUAACAAUUUCGACUUUGUUAGAAGAUCUCGUCAAACAAGGACACAAAGUACAAAAAGAGCUACGGUGCAACAUUUGUUUUUCAAUCCCUCAGCAGCCAUGUCUAACAACUUGUAACCAUCUAAUUUGCAAACCUUGCUUUGAUGGAUGGAUGAAAGAAGGGAAAGGGCCGAAACAUUGCCCUGUUUGCAAGUUUGUGAUAGAUACGAGAAGAAACGCUGAAGUCGACUACUUGAAAUCAUGGACUAACAAAUAUCUACAAUUUGCGAAGACGUUUAUGAAAGAAGUGGCCACAUACGCGCAUACUUUCGAAGACCCUUUUAUGGAGAGCCAGGUGGUCUUCACACAAAUGCCAACUCGUACACCUGAUCGACUAAAAGAAAUACCGAUCCAUUCACUGGAGCAAUUAAUGCAACCUCUAACACCUCUCGAAAUUGUUGACGAUGACGAUGACGUUUUACCGCCUAGCCCGGAAGUUUUACCGCCAGCGCGAAAGAGGAAACGGAAAACUUCUGGCCGAAAAGAAAAGACGAUAAGCCCCUAUUCUACUACUCCAGUCAAGCCAAGUACGCCAUUGAAGUCAAGACAACAAAGGGAUUGUUUUCCUACGGAAGAUACACGCGUUGUACAAGACUCAACUCAAACGAAUUUAAAGCAAAACAUUGAUGAAUUGAAGUCUUGGGUAAAGGAGAAUAGCAACGAUGACGAGGAAAUGGUUGAAGCAGCGGAUUUGCAACAUAUUGAGAAUGUUUCGAAGCCCGUUGUAUUUUUUUGUGGAUUAUCCGAUUUUGAUGAAGAGGACUUGUGUUCCGAAUUUUGCUUCGCUUUUCACAAAGAAGUUGAAAUUACUCGAAGCUUAACGAAUGCACAAUGUCUCGUCGUUAUGGGGAAAAGAGAAUAUGCUGAACAUUCACUUGCCUAUCGAACAGCAACAACCAAAGGAAUGAGGAUCAUCGAUGGAAGAUGGGUCAGAGACAGCUUAAGAUGUCAAAAGCUCUGUGAUAUGAUGGAUUACGCCUUCAAAAACGAA